GGCAUGUAAUUUCAUUGUGAAAGAGCACCAUGACAAAUCAAGUUAUUCUUUCCCAGCAGCCUGAGACCCUUCGGCCGGUGCCGCUCUGAGCGGAGAUGGAGGGUUCACCGUCCACUGCCGGCCCCCGCCCCGUGGGGCUCAGCUAUGCCGUGGGGGCUUCACAACUGCUGGGCGUGGCGGUCCUGGCCGUGGUGGGGGCCUGGAUGGGGCACUUCCGAGGGGGCCUGGCCUGGGAGAGCCCCCAGCUCCAGUUCAACGUCCACCCGCUCUGCAUGAUCCUCGGGAUGGUCUUCCUUCAGGGGGACGCCCUCCUGGUCUACCGCGUCUUCAGGACUGAGAGCAAGCGGGCCACCAAGGUUCUCCAUGGCCUCCUCCAUGGGCUGGCCCUCCUCGUGGCGCUGGUGGGGCUGGUGGCCGUCUUCCAGUACCACAAGAAGAACGGCUUCCCGGACCUCUACAGCCUCCACAGCUGGUGUGGCAUCCUGGCCGUUGCCUUCUACGUCCUUCAGUGGCUGAUGGGCCUGGGGGCCUUCCUCUUCCCCGGGGCCUCCUUCUCGUUGCGCAGCCGCUACAAGCCGCAGCACGCCUUCUUCGGGGCUGCCCUCUUCCUGCUCUCCAUUGCCACCGCCCUCCUGGGCAUCCUGGAGCUCCUCCUCUUCAAGAUCAAGGACACCUACAGUGCCUUUGCCCCCGAGGGUCUCCUGGGCAACGCCUUGGGGCUCCUGCUGGUGGGCUUUGGGGCCCUCCUGGGCUACAUCCUGACGCGGGAGGAGUGGCGGCGGCCCCUGCAGGGCGAGGAGAUGGCCCUCUCCAUGGACUUCAAGAAACUACCGGAGGAGGAGGAGGGGGGAGGGGGCAGCCCCGUGGACCCCCGCUGAGCCCCCCCUCCACUGCCUGGCUUGUCUGUGUCCGUCUGCAGUCGGUGUCCCCCUCCCUCCUGUGCCUCUGCCCCCUCCCCCUUUCCAGCCACUGAAACAGGAGCAGCAGCAUUAUGAGGGGACUCUCCUGCCUUUCCCUGAAAUGAUGGGGUUGUGGGGGGAGGGGAUAUCUUGCCAUCUUCCCUGGGGGGCAAAAGGGUGGGAGGCUUCCUUCCAAGGGACUCCCUGCUCAGACAGGAGAAGUCCUUUGGCCACUGCACUUGCCUGGUGUCAUGGAGGAGAGGAGAGGUGUGUGUGAUCUCUUCCUAAGUGGGGGGUCCCUUCACACCACAAAAGGGGGUCCCUUGGGGGGGGAAGGCAAGAGAGGUUGGCAAUCGCUGGCCUUGUGGCUGCCAUGGGCCCAAAACCCAUAGUAGGAAGAGACUGAAAGGGCCAUCCCAUCCAGCCCCUUCCUGCCUCCCCCCCCCCCCGUGUUCAUUAGGCCU